AUGUAUGCACCAUUCCAAGAAGAAGGGGUCGUCGAGGAGAAUGCAGCGAGCGAUGGAGAUGAUUUCGAGGGGGUUGGGGGACAUUCAGCUGAGUCAGGUGCAGAAGGCAUCGAUGAUGAUGUAUACGGUGAUUGCUUUUAUGACAACUGGGAAGAAAGGGGAAUUGAUCGGCUGACUGAUCUGGGUUGUAUGAAUUGGAAGGAAAUUAGGGCUGAUCAGAUUAAAAUGUUACAUUUUGCAGACCGGGAAGUUGCUUUUGCUUUCUAUAACCUAUAUGCGAAGAUGAACGGGUUUGCCGCAAGAAGGUACCGGUCGCGGCGGAACAUGAACAACGAGGUUACACAACAGUCUUUUGGAAAGUGGAAGAUGGAAAUAAUCUAUUUUCAGGAAGUUCAUAAUCACAAGAUGCUUGAGGACACACUAACUUUCAUGCUUCCCGGACACAGGAUGAUGAACGCGGUAGCUAUUAAUCAGAUGAAUAUGAUGCUUAAGGUUGGCAUUAGGACUCCACAAAUUUAUGCAUCGUUUGUGCAGACCGCAGGAGGCCACGAAAAUGUUCCGUUUUUGAAAAGAGAUAUGUAUAACCAAAUAGACAAACAAAGGAAGCUCAUUAGUGGGGAUGCAAAAUCGUGUCUUAAGUUGUUAGAAUCAAUGGCAGAGCGGAACCCAGGAAUGUUUGUAAGAUACUUGGCAGAUAAAGAUGGGCGAUUGGUUCACCUGUUUUGGUCAGACAAUUGCAGUCAGCUAGAUUUCCAUCUUUUUGGGGAUGUGUUAGCAUUUGAUGCAACAUAUCGUAAGAAUAAGUACAUGUGCCCGCUUGUGGUUUUUUCUGGUGUAAACCAUCAUAACCAAACAAUUGUAUUUGCUGCAGCACUAGUUGCAAACGAGACGGAAGAAACAUACACUUGGUUACUUCAGCAGUUUCUUGAAGCAAUGAAAAGGAAGGCACCUGGAUGUGUUAUAACUGAUGGUCACGGUGCAAUGAAGAAGGCCAUUGAAGCUGUAUUUCCAGGUGCUUAUCAUCGACUCUGUGCUUGGCAUUUAAUUAGGAAUGCUACUUCAAAUAUUAGCAAUCCAGUGUUUACAUCUGAAUUCAAAAAAUGCAUGUUAUUUGACUGA